AUGCAUCACAACUCAAUAGACGGAACUAUCAAUCCAGUUCAGCUCAGCGACAUCGUAGUACCGAAUGAGAACACUCUCUCCAGAAGGUUGACGAUCAACAAGUCGACGCCAAGAAGCGGAGGUCGCAAUGCAGACGAUACGCCGAAGACUGAUGAGGCUUCGACAACUCCAAGGGCAAGUGGCUCGGCUCAGCGUCCUCGCAUCGAAGCCGCUACACCGCCCUUCACACCUCAUCCGAACAAAACCACGUCGAUGGUGGAAGGUUCGCCGAGCGUAGUACCAAAGGCGCUGCCGACGCCACCACCCCAGACACGUUCCGCAUCCAGCUCUCAGACGAGAUUCAGGUCUAUGACGCCUGCUGCAGACGGGCCUUCGUCGGCCUCUGUGUCAAGCACGAAGCAUGCCGUGAUUACACAGACGGCAGACCAAUUCUGCCACGAGACGAUUGAGAGAUUCCAGGCCUUCGCAGUCAAGGAGUCGACAGCAGUAACCGAUGCUGACCGAGUGCGACUGUUUGCCGACUUCAUUGUCAACGAGUCUAGAAUCAGACGCGAGAGAUACUCCUCAGCCAUCGGUGCUAUGGGUUCAGAGAUCUUUGACCUUACCAGAGACCUUUUCCGUCCCAUGAUCACGAGGCGGGAGUCUGGGGCUUCUCAGGCUGAAUGGACGCCGCAAUCCUCUGAGCCGACCCGAUCUCACCGCGGCUCGUUGAACUCCAUUUACCGCGAAACACCGGGAGAAUCCAGUUCUGCUCCGGCCUCCGCCUCGGCGAAUAUCCCAAUCUCGCCCGUCGGUCCCCCGCCAAACAACGCAACCUGGAACUCCAACUACAUGCCAUCGCUGUCUCCGAUUCUGAGUAUGAGCGUGAGCGACAAGAUUGACGAAGCCGAUUCUCGUGGCCGCCCAUCCAGCAGAUGGUGGGAGGCCGAUUCCUCUGGCACAGGAGGCAAGCUGAUCGAGAGAUCCAAGCGAGAAUCCAAAUAUAUGGGUGUACCGAAGGAAGCACGAGAAGCACUCCAGUGGACGGACAGCCCGCAGCCACUUGACAAUUCCAGUGCUGGUCGAUCCUCGAGCGAGUAUCCUCCAGAGAAGACUGGGUGGCAUGAGCCAGAUUCAGCAUCGACACCACAGCAACUACGAUAUUCUGCGCAAUCUCUUGCGUCGUCGGGUUCGCCGACGACACCAAACCCAGCACACUUGGAUGUUUCUCGACUGGUGACUCUGCCGCCCCCAUAUCCUCGCCACCAUCCAGCCGUUAACAACAACCACCCGGAACUCACCGAGACGAGGACGGCUGUGCGCCAGCUCAGUGACCUAUCGGAAAUCGAGGCUGCUAAGGACCGGUUCCAAGUCACUAGCAACAAGAAGAGAGAAGAGGCAUCUAAGGCUGCUGCCGAGCGACGACAAGCCCUGAGGACCAAUCUCCAACAAGAAGUGAAUGUUGGCAAUAUGACGUUUGCAGAGGCAUCAGCCAUCGAACAGGACUCCAUCGCAGCCGAAAAGAACACUCUCAAGGAGCUCGGGAGGACCGAAUUCGAGCAGUUCCAGGCGCAGGUCGUGAUGCCCCUGAACGACCUCGUCACCGGACGCAUCACCAAAGCCACGGCUCUUUUCGACAAGCUAGCAAGCGGUCUUUUCGACGAUGUCUCUAGCGCGGCAGAUAUGCCUCAAGAGGAGGGCGAUGACAAGCCCGAGCUCCUUGAGAAGCUGACUCUUCUGAAAUGGAUCUUUGAAGCAAGGGAGAUGCUGCACAGGGCGAUUUAUGACAUCCUCACCGACCGCAACAACCGCUACCGGGAGGUCGUCCUGACUCCAUACCGGCUGGCUGGCAACCAGGAGAAGCUCCAAAACGCCGAAGGCUUCUUCGCCGAGGAUGCCGCGAAGCGUCAGUUAGCGUUCGCUCACGAGGUGUUCACGCGUACUCAGGAGUUCCAAACCGUCGUCGAACAGAACGUCAUGCGCGGCGUCGAGGUGCAGCUCUCCGCUUUCUGGGACAUUGCGCCGCCGCUGCGACGGCUUCUGGAGAAGAUCCCGCCGGUCCUGGAUAGCUUCAACAUCCAGAUACCGACGGCCGAGUAUGAGGAGAACCCUUCGUACCGCGCGCAUCCGUUGCAGUAUCUCUUCAGCCUGCUUCUCCACACAGAGAAGAGCACGUACCAGUUUAUCGAGUCGCAGACCAACCUGCUCUGCCUUCUUCACGAGGUUAAGGAGGCCGUGACGCACGCUAAAGCCAAGGUUGUUCAGAGCCAGGGCGAGGACGGAGAGGGACGGGAGUACAGCCCCGAGGAACGCGAAGCGCGAGCGCAGCAUCUGCGCCAGGAGGAAGGACAGAUGCUGACGGAUGAUUUGAAGGAGAAGGUGCGCGUUGUUCAAGACCAGUGGCAUAGUGCCCUGGGCGAGAACAUCAAGAACGUGAAGCAGGUGCUGGGAGAACACCUCCUGCAAACGGGAGGUUGGGACGAGACAUUGGAAGAGGGUGGCGUGGGAAGCGUCUAA